GUUACUUGAUGGCUAUGUUGAUAAGUAUGAAAAGGUGGGUGUUUUCCUGAGAAUUCGAGGUUCUUGUUGUGUUUCAUUGCGUUCAAGCGUUGCGCAUCUCGUCUUCGCUACCCACGAAAGUGUUUGCGCAGGAUUUACAGACUGCGCAUCUUCAUACGCUGCGGACUGUUCUAUACGAGAAAGCGAGCAUGGAAAAACAGAAGAGAUCAGAGCAGCAAGAGAGGUCUCAGCAGCGACACCCGAGAUACUCUAUGAGCGAUAUACCUGAAGACCCAAACCAGCGCAGUGCAUCGUUCAUGCCAUCAUCCCGGAAGCGUGCAGACUCGCAUCAACCGCGGACAACUGCACACCAUACACCACGGUCAUCCGACCAGGAGCAACUGUCUCAACAAGCCGUCAUUUCAGCAUAUUUGAGGUCGUCGUAUUCUGACGACGACACGGGACGUCCGAGGAGAUUCUCAUCAGCUGAGCCCUACUAUUCGCCAUCACCAGCGCACCACAACCCGCCUCGCGAGAUCCGCAGAAUAAGCGGCAACUUCAACGCGCCAACGGCCAUGGAGCUAGAGCGACACAAAUCCUACAAACGAAGUUCGCGGGGGUUGGGGAAGCUCAAGAACGCCGUCAGGGGUCUAGUCAGGGCAUGAGGUUUGUUGGUUGGGACUCAGUACCUGCUUUUCGUCCUACCCACACAUCUCCUACUUAUGUCACGUUGUACGCAUUG